AUGUCGCUCGCCGGAGAGACAGCGGCACCUUCAAGAGAAAGUUCGGAGUACGAGCAGAACACCGCGGAGAGAGAUGUCGAGAAGGCCAUGAUACCAGAAGAAGAAGUACAGAAGGAUGAACCUGAAAAACUUAAAGAUCAAGAUGACAUAGGCAGCGAGCUAGAGAAACAUCUUUCCCGUAAGAGCACGCGAAAGCAUCACCUAGCGCCAGAAGUCUUCCCAUUGAUGGACUUGGAGAACAACCUGGUCGGAUGGGACUUCCAGGAUGAUCCUUUAAAUCCUCGUAAUUUCCCAGAGAAUAGGAAGUGGUUUAUCAUGACACUUAUAUCGGCGAUCACAUUCUUGUGCCCGUUGACAUCGUCAAUUUUUGCUCCGGCUGUCAGCUUCAUGAAUGCGGACUUCCACAAUACGUCACAAAUUCUGGGGGCUUUCGCAGUGAGCGUCUUCGUACUGGGUUUCGCGGUUGGCCCUCUGCUGCUGGGUCCUUUGUCCGAAAUAUACGGUCGUCGUAUCGUUCUGAACGGAGCAAACGUCAUCUUUUGUGCAUUCGACCUCGGAUGUGCGCUAGCACCCAACCUCAGCGCACUCAUUGUAAUGCGAUUUCUCGGUGGCGUAGGCGGAUCAGCUUGUCUGACUGUUGGCUCCGGUGUCAUUGCGGAUCUCUUUCCUGCCGAACAGCGCGGCAAAGCGAUGGCCGUUUACUCCACCGGUAUCUUGUUCGGACCUGUGCUAGGUCCAAUCUUGGGUGGCUUCAUCGCACAACAAGCUGGCUGGCGCUGGGUUUUCUGGGUCGUAUUCAUCGCAAGCUGUUGCAUUGCUAGUGGCCUGUUCAUCUUGUACCGCGAAACGAACCAUGUGGUCAUACUGGACUGGAAGACGGCAAAACUGAGGAAGGAGAUGAAUCGUCCUGAGCUGCAGAACGUCAUGACAUAUCAGAAAGAUGCUGCGGCACGCUCGCCUGCGACUGUGCUUAAGCAGGGUAUCAUUCGCCCGCUCAAGAUGCUUACCAGGUCGCCCAUCGUCUUCUUCCUCAGUAUUUACGUGGCAUUCAUUUUUGGACUGCUAUACCUACUAUUCACGACGAUCACAGAAGUUUACAUCACAACUUAUGGCUGGUCUCCGCAACUCUGCGGUCUCGCCUACCUUGGCCUCGGCGUUGGCUUUUUCGUAGGACUCAUCUUCGUGGCACGGACGUCAGAUGCCACCAUCAUCAAACUCACCAAAAAGCACGGUGUCUACGAGCCGGAGUAUCGUCUGGCGCCUUGUCUUAUGUUUGGUUUCUUCAUCCCCAUCUCGUUCUUCUGGUAUGGAUGGUGCGCGUAUUACAAAGUUCAUUGGAUUGUUCCAAUCAUCGGCCUAAUACCCUUCGGCUUUGGCUCCAUGGGUGUCUUCAUGCCAAUCCAGACAUACAUGGUCGAUUCGUACCCACAGUACGCUGCUUCCGCUAUGGCAGCUAUGACCUGCGUGCGUAUGCUAUUCGGCGCCGUGUUGCCGCUUGCGGGUCCGAGUAUGUAUCGCAGUCUGGGAUUGGGAUGGGGAAACAGUCUCCUAGGUUUCGUGGCUGUGGGAAUGAUUCCUGUUCCCGCGUUGAUAUUCAAGUACGGAACGCAGCUGCGGAAGAAGAGUCCGCUCAAAUUGUGA